AUGGCGUCCUCACUUCGCUUGCCUGCAGGCAAGACUCUUUCGACUACAUGGCCAGUCAUUUUCAAUGCUCAGCUCUCUACUCCGGGCGCGCCUCAAUGCCGGUACUUUUCGCAGGCGUCGCAACGAUGGGCGUACAAGUCGCAAAACUUCUCUCCGAGAACCUCCUCCCAGCCGUCGAUGAAAGUUCGCUCAAAGGAUCUGUUGAUGGGCCAGCUGCCAAAUGACAUCGGAUUGUUACCGGGGACUUUCGUCAGGCCGCUGUGGAGGGACAUGCCUUCGAUCUUCAACGAACCGCGGGAUCGGCUCAUGAUGGAGUGGACCUGGAUCAAGAGCGCUUUCCAGAAUUUCUUGAGUCUGAUCAUCUACAACAAGAAAGACAACAAAUACCCAAUGCUCCUCUUCAAACCGCGCCGAAAAAUCGCAACCGACCUAUACAAGGACAUGUACUCAUCCUUCGCCCGCGGUGACAUCCAAAACAUCAGAAAGCUCUGCUGCGACGGCCUCUCAAAAAAACUCAUUCAGCAAAUCGAAAACCGCCCCUCCACCGAAAAAGUCACCUGGACCCUCGAGAACUGGAUCCGCCGACCCAGCACAUACUUCACCGGCGUCCGCGUCCUCUCAGACCGCGCCACCCAACUCCCCGAAGUCUCGCACUCCGGUGUCCGUCAGAUCGUUCUCCGCCUGACCUCCCGUCAAGCCAUGAGCAAGACCAACACCGCGCCAGUCCGCGGGAAGGCAGUGGCCGAGGCUGAGCCUACUGCCAAGCAGCAGGAUGUGGUCGAGUACGUUGUGAUUCAGAAUAUCAUUUGGAAUGGUCGGGAGUCGGAAUGGCGCGUUUGGGGCAAUACGAGCCCGACUAGUAUCCACAAGAUCUACACUGAUCCGUACUUUGCACCGGGAUUGUCGGCUAUGGAGAGAAUCCAGGCUAUGAUGAAGUGA